AUGGCCAGCGAAAUUGACCUCUUCACCCAAUAUACCCUUCACAUGGACCCUGCCACCAAAGCAAUCAGUCACCCAGCAUCCCUCCCGACCGCAUCCCAAACAACAGCAAUGACUGCUGAACUAAACGAACUAAAUGCCCUCCACCGCGCCCUCCAAACUCUCGACCCCCCCAACAUCCCCCCACCUCCUCUCCCAGUCAACCCCAAGCGUAGCGCGCAAAUCACCAAACUCCGCGACAGUGGCAACACCGCCUACCGCAAAAACAACUACGACGAAGCCAUCAAGCUAUACACCUACGCAAUUGACAUGGCACUCUCACGACCAGGCUGGGAGCCCGUCUCCCUUGCGAGAGAAGAAUUGGCUGGUCUAUUUGGAAACCGAGCACAAUCGCAUAUGGGGAACCAGAACUGGCCGGAGGGGUUGGUGGAUGCGAAGGCUAGUGUUGACUCGAAGCCGCUUGGGAAUGUCAAGGCUUGGUGGAGGAUUGGGAAGUGUCUUGCUGAGAUGGGGAGGUAUGAGGAGGCGAAGACUUUCUUGGUGAAGGGGCUUGAACUUGAGGGGGGUGCGACUGAUGGUGCGAAGGAGUUGGGUGGGCUAUUGGUUGAUGUCGCUGCGGCUUUGCAGCGAUCUUCUUGA